UCCGAGCUUCGGUUUCAGUCGAGCUUCAGUUCCAGCCGAGAGCGAACGCACCGCGGGUUUUGGGUAUUCGGCGGGUCCACUUUUCGGGCGUUCGACUUUCCGAGUCUCGGCCGCGGAUGGAUGAGCACCAGAGCAACGAUAAUUUAUAAUUUGCAUGAUUGCCAUCAUUACCAGUGCGACAGUGAAAUGGAAAACUCCAAGCCGAGCGAAGAAGCAGUUGGCUGUGUGCGAAGAAGUGCUCAAAAGUAUCCGAAAACCGUGGAAAACUAACCAAAUUUGUGUAUCGAAAGGUUUUGUCAGUGAAAGAUGACAUAAAACAGAACCCGUUGUGGAGUAAAUGAGAUUCUGUUCAAAAUAUACUAUUCAAAUGCGGAGCUUGUAAAAAUAAUAACGCAAAGCCAUUGAAAUGCUAAACGAUCAACCACGGACAUAUGAUCGAAUAAACAUACGAACCUUUAAAAAGGUUAUGAAAUUAAUAUAGAGACUCUAACGAACUAUAAGAUUAAUUCUUAUUUAAUUGAUGCAAAGUUAUCUGUAAUGAAACCAAAGCGAGACUAAGAGCAACACAAUGUAUUGCACCAAAGAUUGCACCUGCAGCCUGUGCCGCGAGCUGCGUGGCUACAAGCCCAGUGGCAAGAAGGCGGCUCCUGGCGGCGCCAAUCUGCUCAGCAGGAUGCUCAACGACAACUUCAUCCUGCGGCGCAGGGUCUCCCUCAAGAACUUCCAGCCGCAGUCGCUGCGGAACAGCGAGAUGCUGGCGCAGCAAGCGUCGGUGCCACGCCCCCCGCAGACGCCCUCGCCCACGCCCAUCGAGGAGCUGCCCGACUGGGCGACCGAGGACUCCUCGCGGGCGAAGAAGCCCAACCACAAGGUGGUGAUCUACUUCGGGGACUCGAUCCACCGCGGCCAGCCGUCGCCAGUGCCCUCGCCGGAGGAGCUCCACUCGCAGCUGGUGCAGGAGAUGUCCCAGAAGCUCAAGAAGCCCAGCGGAUUGGAUUCGGAGAAGGAGAAGGAGGAGGGGUCUCCACCAGCGGAGGGGGAGGGAGAGGUGGGGACAACCCCGCCAGCGGAUGACGAACUGCCGCCCUACAUUGAGAGCGUGCAGAACGGCGUAAUUAAUAUCAGAAUUGAAGGCAAUUACCGGCGAGCCAGUGCGCUGGUGGAAACGGUGGCGAAACCCACUCUGGCCGUCGUGGGCCCAGCGAAACCCGAUGCAGCCACUGGUGCGGAGGAGGAGGAGGACAGCGGGGGCGACGACAGCGACGACCCUGGCCAAGAUGAGGCGGAGACGGACUCGUGCGACUGGAGCUACGUUCAGGAGUGGCGCAGGGCCGCCAAACGACCCACUGGCAACUUGCCGCCGAACUUUGGCCAGCACCCGGCUCCCAGCCAGAUCACCGGCCUGCCGCCCGUGCCCCCGCCGCAGAUGCAGUCGCCCCUGCAGCAGCCGCACCCGCAACCCCCCGCGCAGACGCCCCUCGCCCCGCAGAAGGGUCUCGCGGUGGCCAUGGCCACUCCGGCGCCGCGGGUCUUCAAGGAGCUGGCCCAGCAGCCGAACAAGGGGCUGCCGCACAAGCUGGUGACCGCGUCGGGUGUCGGCCAGGUGACCCCGUCCGGCAAGCUUCCCUCCCCGGUCUCCGCCUCGAAGGCGGUGGUGCCCCAGCGGGCGGUGGCGGGACCUGCCCGCCUGACCGUCCAGAGCACGCCGGUCAAGUCGCAGCCCCCCCAGCUGAGCGGCAGCCUUGGCCAGAGCCAGGUGUCGCCCAGCAGACCCACCCUGGGCAUCCCCACGACCUCGGGAAGCCAGACGCCAGCCAGGAGCCACCAGCACGACCAGUUUAGGGCGCUGCAGCGCGUGCAGGAGUGCCACAGCUCCUCGGACGAGAACCGCAGCUCCGGGCACGCCAGCAUGUCGGACACGGGCGGGCACAGCUCCUCGCCGGCGGGCGGGAUGACCCUGGGCCCGCUGCCCGAGGACCGGCUGGCGGCGGGCGUGACCAACAGGAGCACGCGGUCGCGGCGCCACCGCGGCAUCAUGCCCGCCGGUAAGGCUCCGUGGAGCGGGACCGGGCUGGAGGACAUCAAGCUGGCCAUGCUCACGCUGCGCUCCCAGACGAGCAGCAGCACCUACAGCAGCCUGAGCGCUGGGUCGGAGAGCUCGGAGCCGGCCCGCCGGCUGGGCAGGUACUCCUCGCUGGAGACCGUGGUGACCAGCACCAGCGCGGACGAGUUCGUGUGGGUGGACUCGCACAACCGGCUGGUGGAGCUGCAGCACCCGCCGUGGAGCCAGCAGUGCAUCCUGCGCGUCCUGCGCCACGGCCGCUGCCAGCAGCAGGCGGAGCACCUGGCCGUGGAGGCGGUCUCCCGCCUGGGCUACCUGCUCCAGCGGGCGCUGGUGCGGAUCGCGCGCGAGAUCCAGCGCUUCUCCGCCGGCGUGGGCCUCUGCUCCAAGCAGGAGGUGGCCGGCGCCCUGCGCGUGGUGCUCAGCUCCGCGCUGGCGGACUCCUGCACGAAGGCCUGCCUCCGGGCGGCCGCCAUGUUCGCGGUGCCCGGCGAGAGCGCCCUCAAGCAGAGCAAGUCGGCGCGGGCGGGCCUCCAGCUGUCCGUGGGCCGCUUCUACCGCUGGAUGACGGACGCGCGGCUGGGCAAGUUCAUCCACGAGUACGCGGCCGUCUACCUCUGCGCCGGCGUGGAGAACCUCCUGGAGGAGAUCGCGCUGCAGUGCCACGGCAGCACGGCCGCCGCCCUCGACCAGAGCAUCGCGGGAUCGGGCGACGUGUGGGGACUGCUGCAGCCGUUCGCCCACCUGAACGCCGGGCGUGUGGCCAGCGGAGCCCUGGCGCUGCCCAGGUGGGCCAGUGCCUCCUCGCUGGCCACCUGCGUGGGCAGCGUGCGGGAGCUGAAGGAGAAGGCCCUGCGCACCCAGCAGGAGUUCCAGCUGGCCGCCGCCCUCUCCGGAUCCGCGCUCGCCGCGCUCUUCUACUUUAUGCGCUGCUCCCAGCUGGAGCACACGGAGCUCCUCGCCGCCUCCGGCUGCGGCGCCGCCCAGGCGCAGGUGGCUCCUCCGGGCGGAGGGGUGGGCGCCUCCUCCUCCGCCACUGGCCACCACGUGCAGGAGCUGUGCUACGAGCGCGCCUACGUGGUGCUGCCGCCGCUGGCCGAGUGGCUCCGGGUGGCCGCCGCCCACGCCGAGCACCGCAGCGCCCUGAUGAUCGACAAGGACGACGUGAUGCAGGCCGCCAGGCUGCUGCUCCCCGGCGUCGACUGCCCCAUCCGGCCGGUGGCCCACGACGAGGAGCUGCCCACCAAGAAGACGCACUUCAACAACGCCCCCGCCGGCAGCUCCACGGGCACGGGAACGGCCAGCAGCAGCUGCAGCUCGCCCGUGGUCGGCGGCAUCGGGAUCGGAAUCGGGGAGGACACCUCCGAGCUGGGCAGACGAGCCACCAUUGGAGUGGCCUUUAAGCUCCUUCUGACUGGUCGGGCGGAACUUUUGGCCCAGGCCGCCCAGCUGCUGCCCCCAACGACGAGGUACGACACCCAGAACAGCGCCGGACUGACCGCCCUGAUGAUCGCCAGCAUCCGGAACGACGAGGUGGCGCUGCACGCCCUCCUGGACGCCGGAUGCGACCCGAACGUGGAGGUGCCGCCCGCCGGGAGCGCUGGCCACCCGGCCAUCCAGCCGGACACGCAGCACUGGACGGCACUGAGCUUCGCCGCCAGCAGAGCCAACUAUGUGGCCCUGAGGAUCCUCCUGGAGAGGGGCGGCAAGGUGGAGGGCGGGGCCAGGAGCAGCGAGGAGAAGUGCACCCUGACCCCGCUGCAGCUGGCCGCCGGCACCGGGAACCUGGAGAUCGUGGCGCUGCUGCUGGCCCACGGAGCCAACGCCUUCCUGUCCACGCAGCAGAAGGACUCGCUCUGCUUCGCGGGAUCUGCGCAGAAGGGAUGCUUUUGCGCCAUCUCCGUGGCGGCUGCCCACGGCCACCGGUCGUGUCUCCGCAAGCUGCUCACCCACCCCGUGUCCCCGGGAACGCGGGACGUGCUCUCGCUGGAGGAGAUGCUCGCCGAGGGCGACGUGGGCGGGGCGAGGGGCGCCGGUGGCCCCGGAGGAGCAGGAGGACCCAGUGGCGGCAGUGGCAGCGCGAACAGCGAGGACCUUCUCCCGCUGCUCAACAAGACGCAGAUCAAGCGACUCCAGGAGGCCAUGUACCACAGUGCCGAGAACAAUCACUUGGAUAUAACCAUUGAGCUCCGGAAACUGGGAGUGCCGUGGACUCUCCACUGCUGGAUGCACGCCCUCUCGGCGGCCCACGACCUCCGACUGGACGCGGUCAUCGACCAGCUGCUCCAGGACUUCCUGCAGGUCUGUCCCGACGACUACAGCGCCCAGUUCGUCAGCGAGUGCCUGCCCCUGCUGUUCAACAUUUUCCGGAACAAGAACGAGGGCACCACCCUCCUCCUGGCGGACAUCUUCGCCACCUGCUUCGGCUGGGAGACCCUGCCCCCCGUGAAGGAGCAGCCGCCGAUGCAGCCCGUCCAGGGAUCCCGCAUCGACCCCAAGUUCGUCAACAACCCAGAGCUGAGCGACGUGACCUUCAGAGUGGAGGGGAAGAUCUUCUACGGACACAAGAUCGUCCUGGUAACAGCUUCGCCGCGAUUCCAGAGCAUGCUGAGCUCGAAGCUGAGCGAGGCCAGCUCCACGCCCACGGUGCAGAUCAACGACAUCCGCUACCACAUCUUCCAGCUGGUGAUGCAGUUCCUCUACUGCGGCGGCUGCAGCUCCUUGGACGUGUCCCACGGCGACGUGCUCGAGCUGAUGGCCGCGGCCAGCUUCUUCCAGCUGGAGGGACUGCUGCGCUACACGGAGGCGCGCUGCUCGGAAAUGGUGGACGUGGACAACGUGGUCGCGAUGUACAUUCACGCCAAGGUCUACAAUGCCAACCGCCUGCUGGAGUACUGCCAGUGCUUCCUGCUCCAGAAUAUGGUGGCCCUGCUCACCUACGACGACUCCGUGAAGCGCCUGCUCUUCGCCAAGAAGAUCCCCAACCACGACGUGCUGGCCGGACUGCUGCAAACGCUCCAGAACCGCCUGAAGAACCGCAAGCCCAACUCGGGCGGCGGCCUGGUCAACUCCUAUCGAUCGCCCCCGGCCACGCCCGUCAAAAAGUGAGGAGCCACGCCCGCUCCCUCGGAGGAAUCCAAUUCUUAUUUAUUGCAUUGUUUUAAUUUAAUCUUUGAGCUUUUAUGUAUUAUAAUGCCUCCCCUGCCCGAUCUGAUCCCUGCCCAUUCCUAGAUGUAUUUUGUAUUUUCAAUUUGUUCAGCGCACUGUUAACCUUUACGAACUUAAGGAUGCCGAGCAGGCGGUCCUCUAGCUAUUAUUUUGUAGUUGAAAUUGUUUCUGCAUUAAAUGAAGAAAGUAAAAUUUUAA